AUGGCAGCUGAGAAUGCAAAUUACACAACUCGUCCUGCCGACCUUCUUAUGGCCGCCAGCCCAAACAAUAUUAACGCCGUUCCUCACUUAUUGACGGAGAUCACCAACGAUAUCAAUAGCCUGGCCAAUGGAACCGAUGAAGACCGAAAAGAUGUCCUCGUUAAGUGUAGAGCCUUAGUGAAAGCUCUAGAGACUCCUCGAGAGACGAUGGUUGACCACUGUUGGGGCCAGAUCGGUGCGAUAUCUGCUAUAGGCUUUGGCGUGGACGUAGGAUUAUGGGUGUUAAUGGCCCAGAAUGGCGAGAAACCCCAGAAGGUCACUGAUCUAGCCGUGAGCCUCGGGGUCGACUCCCAGCUUCUCAGGCGGCUGAUGCGACAUGUCUGUGCCAUGGGGCUACUCAUCGAGGUUAGCGAAGAUACAUACAAGUCCACAAACUUUACCCGGGCACUGAGUCUUCCUCAGAUUGGACAUGGGUAUCUUGGACUUACCGCAUGCACUGGUUCAGCAACGUUGAAGUUCCACGAAUUUUCCCGGCGGCGAGGCUGGGUGAAUCCCACAGAUUCUCAGGACACGUCACUGAUGUAUGCGUAUGGCACCGACAAGGGCAUUUUUUCCUGGGUACAGGAUGCAGGCUAUGGGCAACACCUGAAUGAUUACCUCGGUGGUUAUAACCUAGGUCGCCCCCUGUGGAUGGAUCCCGGUGUUUAUCCUGUGAAGGAGAGACUGAUCGACGGCGCCGAUCCAAGUCCUGAUGCAGCAUUCCUCGUGGACAUAGGAGGCAACGUGGGCCAUGACCUGGCGAGAUUCCACAGUCGCUAUCCAGACGCACCUGGUAGAUUGAUUCUUCAAGACUUGCCGAUGAUGAUUCGCCAAAUCAAGGAUUUAGAUCCAGCUAUCAUCCGAAUGGAGUAUAACUUCCAUCACGAACAGCCAGUCAAAGGUGCCCGUGCAUAUUAUAUACACUCCACUUUACACAACUGGCCAGAUGACGUAUGUGAGAGCAUACUCCAACAAGUCAAAAAGGCCAUGAAGCCCGGGUAUAGCAGACUAUUGAUCAACGAGAUCGUUGUGCCAUCUGUUGAUGCUCAUUGGGAGACUACAGGACUGGAUAUGAUGAUGCUCACCCUGUUCUCUUCCGAAGAGCGGACUAGCCCAGCUUGGUACGACUUGAUUGAGAGAAGAGUGGGGUUGAAGAUUGUUAAAAUAUGGAGUGCUGGGAAAGGAGUAGAAAGCCUGAUUGAGUGUGGUCUGUGA